UGGAGCCCCAGCACUGUGGUGGCCGUGAGGAGAGUGUCUGGGACAAGGAAGGAGGAAAGUGAGGACGGCAGGAGAGAGUCGGGGAGGUACCCAGAUCUGAGCCAUGGCUCUGGAACACAACCAGUCGGCCGACUACGACUACGACGAGCACGAGCUGAAUGGGACUCAUGACUACAGCCAGUACGAGCUGAUCUGCAUCAAGGAGGAGGUCCGGAGCUUUGCCAGGAUCUUCCUGCCCACCUUCUUCGCCAUCACGUUCGUCGUGGGGCUGGUGGGCAACUCCGUGGUGGUGGCCACCUACGCCUUUCACAAGAAACAGAAAACCAAGACCGACGUGUACAUCCUCAACCUGGCCGUGGCCGACCUGCUCCUGCUCUUCACGCUGCCCUUCUGGGCCGUGAACGCAGCGCACGGGUGGGUCUUGGGGAAAGCCAUGUGCAAAGUCACGUCAGCCUUGUACACCAUCAACUUCGUCUCUGGCAUGCAGUUCCUGGCUUGUAUCAGCAUCGACAGACACUCGGCAGUGACCCGCAUCCCGGGCCCAGCGGACGUGGGGAGAAGGGGCCGGCUACUCUGCUUCUGUGUCUGGGCGGCAGCCAUCCUGCUGAGCAUCCCGCAGUUGGUGUUCUACAACGUCAACCACAAGGACAGGUGCGUGCCCAUCUUCCCCUACCACCUGGGCACGUCGGUGAAGGCAUCCAUCCAGAUGCUGGAGAUCUUCCUGGGCUUCAUCGUGCCCUUGCUGAUCAUGGCCGUGUGUUACUUCCUCAUAGCCCGCACGCUCCUCAGGACCCCCAACAUUAAGAAAUCUCGCCCCCUCAAGGUGGUCCUGGCCGUGGUGGUGGUUUUCAUUGCCACCCAGCUGCCUUACAACAUCGUCAAGUUCUGCCAGGCCAUCGACAUCAUCUACGCCCUGAUCACGGACUGUGACCUGAGCAAACGCAUGGACGUGGCCAUCCAGGUGACAGAGAGCGUGGCGCUGUUCCACAGCUGCCUCAACCCCGUCCUAUACGUCUUCAUGGGGGCCUCCUUCAGGAGUCACCUCCUGAAGGCCGUCAAGAAAUAUGGGCCCUGGCGACCGCAGAGACCCCCUGUGGAGGAGAUUCCUUUCGAUUCAGAAAAUCCCACCGAGCCCACCAGCACGUUCAGUAUUUAAAGGCCAACCCGCUCUGCCUCUCUCUGAGAGACCAUCUGCAUCAUUCUGAAGCUCAAACCUCAAACUUUGCGCUCGCAACUUAUCACAGAGAAGGUGUCGAAGGGGGCCCGGGGGUAGACAUCAAGGGCAGGCAAUAAAGUAAUAAGUGCAUCAAGCAGAGGGUUGGAGAGGUAGUCCUGCACAAAAACUGUGCACCUGCAUGCAGCUAGGCAUAGUUGGAUCUUCUGCCCCACCUAUGGUCCCCUGAGCACCUCCAAGAGUCACUCCAGAGCACAGAGCCAGGAAUAAGCCCUGAGCACCUGCAGGUUUGGCCCCAACCCUCCCCCCUCACCAAUCCCCCAAUGUAUAAAGCAUUAAAAUAAACAGCUUAGAGAAACAGAGCUAGUAAUAGGAAUAAAUAACAGUACGCUAUGAAUUCAGGCUAUCUAAAGGAGAUUAAUAAGAUUUAUUAUCACUGUAUCACUGUCAUCCCAUUGAUCGUUGAAUUACUCAAGCGGGCACCAGUAACAUCUCUAUUCCUCCCAGUACUGAGAUUUUAGCAGCCUCUUCUUACUCGUCUUUUCCCAACGAUUGGAGGCUCUUUCAGGGUCAGGGGAAUGAGACCUAUUGUCGUUACUGUAUUUGGCAUAUCGAACACACCAUGAGGAGCUUGCCAGACUCUGCCCAUGCUGGUGGGAUACUCUCAGUAACUUGCCGGGCUCUCCGAGAGGCAUAAAUGGAUAGGAAGUGUCUUAUUAAAGGCACUAUAAUUAUUUCAAGAGAUCAAAAUUUGAAGAAAUUUAGGGCUUAACUAGCAAAAGUUUAGUAUUUAAGUAACUGUCUAUAAAAUCCUCCAUCAUUUUUGUAUUUAAAUACCUAUCUAGGAAAAUGUGUCUUUAUCCAUCCACACCUCCUUUUUCUUAAUUUGUAAGGGAUUUUUGUAAGAACCCAGAAAAACGAAUGAAGAACAACAGAAAAUACAUAAAAAAGCAUGUUAGGCCCUUUUGAUAAAUUCCUGGUAAGUGUCUAUAUUUAUCAGCUUUCUUUAGUAACAAGUUAGAAUGCUGAAAAGUGUUAGCAGUUAUUACAUAAACUCUAGAAACAAUCCUCAAGUCAUCCUUGGUUCUAUUUUUUGUGCUUUGUUUUUGUUUUAGUCUUUAUUUUAGUUUGUAAGACAUACUCGGAAGUGCUCAGGAGUGACUCCUGGCGGUAGUGAGUGGACCAUAUAUAGGGGUCAGUAGGAUGUAAGUAAGGCAAGUAAGGCAAGUGUGUCCCCUGUGUUCUCCUCUCUCUCUCUCUCUCUCUCUCUCUCUCUCUCUCUCUCUCUCUCUCCUCCCUCCCUCUCUUUCCCUCUCUCUCCCAAAGAUCUUGUUUUUAUAACUUCCUAAAGUCUUCACCCACUUAUGAGACUUUGUUACUGAGCGUUGACUAAACAAUAAAUUGUCUGUGUACAAAGCAUCUUGUUUUUCACUUAAAUUUUGGACUUUUAGACAACAAAAAUCUAACACAAGAAAUUAUUCCUAAUACCAUAGACAGCUUCUCUUUGAAAAAUAAUUAUAUGUACAUUAUGGUAGUCUGUGUACUAUUCGCUUAUUCAAAUUUAAUUUUGAUAGAAAUUACAAAAGUUAAAAAUAGUGUGUAUUCCUGACCCCUGUUGGCAAGGAGGGAGCCUGCCCUUGCCUCCGGAGCAAUACUUGGGAAGCCCCUGAGGCUAACCCUAGCACUCAAGCCAGGCUCUGCGCCUCCUGGUCUCCUUGUGGUCUCUCCAGGACAGGCCCAGGGCCUCUGCUUGUCCACGUCACCGAAUACCUUUGACAGUGUUGGUUCAGCUGCGCGGAUCCGGCCACAGCACCUGCUGGGCCAGCCUCUCCAGCCCCGGGCCCACA